UUCAGGAAAUAUGUCCGGAGCGUACAGAGUCAGAAGGAAAAGAACUUCAUUUCCUUCAACACAGAGCUUACCUAGAGAGAAGAAGGGGCAACCUUUCCUCAGUCAACCCAGAGAGCUUUGAAGGUUAGAUCCCAUUCUGUCUCUCUUGCUCUCAAGUUGAAGAUGGUUGACAAAGAAGUCAUUCGAACUAUCGUCGGCAUCAUCGGAAAUGUCAUUUCAUUCUUCUUAUUUGCCUCUCCUAUGCCUACCAUUAGGAAAAUAUGGAAGAAAAAGGCAGUGGAGGACUUCUCUCCAAUGCCAUACAUUGCGACUAUAAUGAACUGUUUACUAUGGGUGUUUUAUGGUCUACCGAUCGUCCAUCCCAAGAGUACUCUUGUUGUCACCAUCAACAGUGUAGGGCUUGCCUUGGAGUUGGGUUAUGUCUUCAUCUACCUUUUGUAUGCACCUAAUAAGAAGAGAUUGAAGGUGUUCGGGUAUCUUUUGCUUGAAGUAGCCUUCCUGACUGUGGUAGUAUGUGUGACACUUUUACGUUUUCACACCCACGAUUCAAGGUCUAGGAUUGUGGGUAUUCUGUGUGUUAUUUUUGGAGUGUGCAUGUAUAUGUCUCCACUCACUAUCAUGGGUUUGGUUAUCAAGACCAAGAGUGUGAAAUAUAUGCCAUUCCUGAUAUCAUUGGCCAACUUCCUCAAUGGAAUUGUUUGGGUGAUCUAUGCGCUCCUACGUUUUGAUAUAUACAUAUUGAUUGGCAAUGGUCUUGGGGCAAUUGGUGGUUUGGCUCAACUCAUCCUUUAUGGUAUCUACUACAGAUCAACUCCGAAAGACGAAGACCAGCAUGUGCAAAAGCCAUCAGAGGUGCAACUUCAAGCAAAUGUGGACACUGGACACCAUACAGUUUGAUCUCAAGUGGUUAUGUUACACCCAAAUGUCAAAGAAUUUUUUUUUGGUAAAAAAAUGUCUAAGAUUACAAUUUUUUUUUGGUAGAGUAAGAUUACAGUCAAGAAUGAUAGUUAGGAAGUUAUGAAAAUCAACUUUUUAUUUCUUUUCUACCACUUAACUUCAAACCUGGACAGUUCAAUUUGGAA